CGACGAGAUGACGCCGAAGCGGAACUCGUCGUGGGUCCGCCGGGACAACGUGACCUACGUGGACUUCUACCUCCACCGGCCGUCGGUGGCGGCGGCCUUCGCCUUGUCCUACCUGCUGAUCUUCUUGCUGUGCAUGCUGGGUAACGGCGUGGUUUGCCUCACGGUGCUGCGGCGCCGCAGCGCCCCGACCGUCACCAACGUGUUCAUCCUCAACCUGGCCGUCAGCGACUUGCUGGUGGGCGUCUUCUGCAUGCCCACCACCCUGGUGGACAACAUCAUCACGGGGUGGCCUUUCGGCAACGUCGUGUGCAAACUCAGCGGGACGGUCCAGGGAAUCUCCGUGUCGGCGUCCGUCUUCACGCUGGUGGCCAUCGCCGUUGACCGGUUCCGCUGCGUCGUCUACCCUUUCGAGCAGAAGCUGAGCGUCGCCGGGUCCAAGAUCAUCGUCGCGGUCAUCUGGGCGCUGGCGGCCUCCAUCUCGUGCCCGUCGGGCGUCACGCUGCACGCCGCCCAGGAGCCCGGCGUGCGCAUUGUCCUCCGGCAGGGCGACGACAGCCGCCCCUUCUACUGGUGCCGGGAGAACUGGCCCAGUCCGGACAUGCGCAAAGUCUACACCACCGUGCUCUUCGUCAACAUCUACCUCGCCCCGUUAAUCCUCAUCGUGGUCAUGUACGCCCGCAUCGGCCUGGCGCUCUUCCGAACCGCCAGGCCGGUGCGGGCGUCGCUGAGGGGCGGCGGGACGGGAUCCGGCACGGAGAAGAAGAAGCGUGCGAUCGCGAUGCUCCUGGUGGUGGCGCUGCUCUUCAUCGUGUCCUGGCUGCCGCUGUGGACGCUGAUGAUGCUGAGCGACUACGCCAGCCUGACCGAGGGCCAGUACCGGGUGGUCAACAUCUACCUGUACCCGCUGGCACACUGGCUGGCCUUCUUCAACAGCAGCGUCAACCCCAUCAUCUACGGCUUCUUCAACGAGAACUUCCGCCGGGGCUUUCGGGCCGCUUUUAAACUUCAGCUGUGCGCCGUCGUCGUCGCCGAGCACCAGAGGAGCUUUUCCCUCCGCGCCCUGGGGAACGCCGUCGGCCCCUUUCAGCCCGCCGUCGCGGGCGGAUCCGGUUCGCCACGGAAACCGGGAUGUGCGAGCGAGGGGAGUCUGGAGCCCCCGAAGGAACUGGCCAGAGACCAGAAUCUGAUAGUGGAGGAUCUCCAGAAGGGUUCGUAGCCAUUUUCUGCCCUGUUCCAGGUCACAGGUUAGUAGGAGAAAGGGCGCCGCCGUGGAUUGGUCGUCACUCAAUCUGGAUUGGCUGACGAUCAAUCUGGGUGGCUCGCCGCCAUGUAGUCUGGAUCUGGUCCAUCCAGAGUUAGUCAACCCUGAUCGGAUGGCAGGCAAUCUGGAUCCGGUCAAUCUUCCGGUCGCAAAUCGCAUCGGUUUGUUCUCAAGUCCAUCAGAAUGUGUUUUGAAAUCCCAAGCGCACCGGUCGCCAUUCCGUCCACAAGGCAAUUUGCGUCCAGUCGAUCCAGAACGGUUGUGAGGAUCAGCGGGUGGGAUGGGUUGCCAGCUAAUCCUGAGCCGUUCAAUCCCGACUGGUCACCGAUCAAUUCGGAUUUAGUCAUUCUGGAUUGGUUCCCCGUUGAUCCAAAUAGCUCCGAACUUUAUCUAUUGGGAAAUCAAAGGUUAUCUGGACUCUUGCACCAAAAAUGGCGACAAAGUGUCUUGGUUGCAAGUCGAUCAGGAUCAGCUGGUUGGUACCGUAAAAUUCUGGUCAACGGGUGGAAUCGUGUGGUUGCUCUUCCAUACGGUAUGUGCAGUUUCGCUACUUUGCGAAAAUGAAGGAAAUCUGCAAAG